CAAUGGUCGACCAAAAAGGAGUUGUUUUCUCUUGUAUAAAAUUGUGAACAGAUCUCUAAGGAAAAAACAACUCUCAUCUAUAUAAUUUUUUUUCCCUUUCAUAAUGGUUUCUGCAGAAAUUAAACCUAAUAGUUCAUCAAAUAUCAAAUUAAUUGAUGGAAGAAAAUUGGCUUACAAAGAAAGAGGUGUUCCAAAGGAAAAAUCCAAUUACAGAAUCAUUUUUAUUCAUGGAUUUGACAGCUCCAAAGAAAGGGAUUUUCUUGCACCCCAGGAACUUAUGAACGCACUGGGAAUAUAUAUCGUUCAAUUCGAUCGAGCUGGAUACGGAGGAAGUGAUCCGAAUCCAAAACGAUCACUAAGGAGUGAAGCAUCAGAUAUUGAGGAAUUAGCAAAUCACUUGGAAUUGGGAUCCAAAUUCUACAUAAUUGGUUUCUCCAUGGGAUCUUACCCAACCUGGAGUUGCAUCAAACACCUAUCACAUAGGUUAGCAGGGGUGGCAUUUGUGGUUCCCAUAGUCAAUUACCAAUGGCCUUCUCUACCGGAAUCUGUAUUAAAGGAAGACGAACGGAAGAGGUGGUACAAAAGGAUGACUUGGGUUGCAAGAUAUGCUCCUAAGUUAUUGCAUUGGUGGAUGAUCCGAAAAACGUCUCAGUCCUCCUCUACCGAUAGUUCAAAACCUACAUACUUUACUGACAAGGACUUGGAGCUUUUGAAGAAUGCACCUGGAUUUCAAUUUCUUACCGCGGACAAGCUAAAAAGCAGAAGUGUUUUCAACAACCUCCGCAGUGACUUCCUUGUGGCGUUUAGUAAAUGGGAUUUUGAUCCUUUGGAGCUUAGCAAUCCUUUUCCUGAAAACGUUAAGCGUCCUGUUCACCUCUGGCACGGGUGUGAAGACAGAUUUAUUAAUUUGAAACUACAAAGACAUGUCUCAGAAAGGUUACCUUGGAUUCAAUAUCAUGAAGUUUCCGAGGGUGGACAUUUGUUGAUCUAUGAUACCGUUGUCUGUGAAGCCAUCUUAAAGUCUCUUUUGCUUGGAGAGGACACACCACUCUAUACACGUAAAUUUUCUUCCUGAUUGUCACACCCCUUUUUCGUAAAGACUUAACCAUUUCUGUCACUUCGAUAUUUCAAUCAAAUCCUGUUUCACAUUUUCCAUAUAUCCAAAAGAAUUUGAUGAAAAAGGGGGUCAAAAGUUCUCCAUCUCUUGUACACCACCAGCAUUAGGACUCAACAACUGAAAGUUUAACCUUGUGGCUAGCAAUUCUUAGUGUGUUCUGUAGAAGAUGCAGACUUGAUCAAUGUCAAAGUACUGGGACAACUAAAAGAAAACAAAGGUUUACAAGACAUGGUGAAAGAGAAGUAUGAAUUGAUAGAUUUAUAUAUAGUGUGCUCUCUGAGCAUGUUUUUUGAUGUAGUGAAGGAAAAAGAAGUAUAUAAAGCACACCAAAUGAUUAUUGAUUA